CACUGAUUGGCAUUGAUAGGUGGCACUGACUGACACUGAAAGGCAGCUCAGAUGGGCACUGAUAUGUGGCAUUGAUGUGCACUGGUAUGCACUGAUAUGUGGCAUUGAUGUUGCACUGAUGGACACUGGCACAAGGCACUGAUCGGCACUGACAGCUGGCACUGAUGGACUUUGACAGGUGGCACUGCUGGGGCUACACUGAUCAUCAGGGCACACUGAUCAUCAGUGCCCUGAUGAUCACUGUCAGCGUGACAGCUCGAGAGGAGAGAAAUGCCGAUAACUGGCAUUUCCGUGUUUACAUGUGAUCAGCUGUGAUUGG